CCCCCCCCCCCCCCCCCCCCCAAAAAAAAAGACCAUUGUCAAAGCGAAGGCAUCGUAAUAGUUUAGGAGUUUCACAAAGUGUGCAUUUUCUUUAAGUCUCUUUCUUCUUUGAUUUCUCCGAUAUUGCUGAGAAAAUAAUCUUUGUAUUCCCUCUGUAAUUUCUCCCCAUUGUACUCACAGCUUAGUCUAUUGCUAGAAGUACUUUAUAUAUAAACCACUCUUUUUCUUGGGCUUCAUUUCAUUUCAUUAUAUUUGUUUUUGUUGACAACAAAAUGAGUGGUUCUGUUUGGGGUGAAUUCUUCACUUCUGCUCUUACUGCUUUUCUUCUCUUCCAUGGUUUUUCUUCCUCUCACCAAGUUCCAAAAUUUAGUUUCUUGCGAAAUGCAACCGAUGCUCCCACGGUAUCAUACUACGACUACAUAAUCGUCGGAGGUGGGACGGCGGGAUGCCCAUUGGCGGCGACCCUAUCGAAAAAGUAUAAGGUAUUGGUGUUAGAACGUGGUGGCUCGCCGUACGGAAAUCCCAAUAUCACCAACUUAUCGGCUUUUGGGGCUGCCCUUUCUGAUUUGUCUGCUUCUUCUCCGUCGCAACGUUUCGUGUCGGAGGACGGUGUUAUCAACUCACGCGCUCGUGUUCUCGGCGGCGGCAGCUGCCUUAAUGCCGGAUUUUACACACGCGCCUCCCCUGAUUAUGUCAGGAGAGCGGGAUGGGAGGGAAAGUUGGUGAAUGAGUCAUACGAGUGGGUGGAGAGAGUGGUGGCCUUCGAACCGCCGAUGGGGGAGUGGCAAUCGGCGGUGAGGGACGGUCUAAUUGAAGCGGGUGUGAAGCCUAAUAAUGGGUUCACCUACGAUCACCUAUACGGUACUAAAGUGGGCGGCACCAUCUUCGAUCAUCAUGGCCAUCGACACACCGCUGCUGAUCUUUUGUCCUAUGCCAAUCCUUCCAAUUUAAAUGUCUUACUCUACGCCACUGCCCGUUCAAUCAUUUUUCCAAGUCUAGGGAAACGAAGGCCCAAGGCCCACGGAGUGGUGUUUGAGGACUCGAAGGGAAUAAAACACAGAGCCUACCUUAAGUAUGGGUCCAAGAGUGAAAUAAUCAUAUCAGCGGGCUGUCUUGGAAGCCCACAACUUCUAAUGCUAAGUGGGUUGGGUCCAGCCCAACAUCUUAAGGCCCAUAAUAUAACAGUGGUUUUGGACCAUCCCAUGGUGGGGCAGAGUGUGUCCGAUAACCCAAUGAACGCCGUUUUCGUUCCAUCCCCCGUUCCGGUGGAGGUGUCGCUGAUUGAGGUUGUCGGAAUUACCCAAAACGGAACGUACAUUGAAGCCGCCAGUGGCGAGAACUUCGCCGGCGGCCCUUCUACCAGAGACUUCGGCAUGUUCUCUCCUAAGAUCGGGCAAUUAUCGACAGUACCACCGAAGCAAAGAACGGCGGAAGCCAUAGCCAAAGCCACAGAAGCAAUGAAGGAACUUAACGAAGCCGCAUUCCGAGGAGGCUUCAUCCUCGAAAAAAUAAUGGGUCCAAUUUCCUCUGGUCAUCUGGAGCUCCGAACCCGAGACCCGAACGACAACCCGUCCGUCACAUUCAACUACUUCAAAGAACCCACUGACCUCCACCGCUGCGUCGCUGGCAUCAACCUAAUCCGCCGCAUAAUCGAUUCAAAAUCCUUCUCCAGGUUCCGAUACGACAACGUUUCGGUAGCGACGCUUCUGAACAUGACGGCGAGUGCACCGAUCAACCUGCUGCCGAAGCACGAGAACUUGUCAAGGUCGCCGGAGCAGUACUGCAGGGACACGGUGAUGACGAUCUGGCAUUACCACGGCGGUUGUCAGACAGGAGCGGUGGUGGAUAGGGAUUAUAGGGUAUUUGGAGUGGAUUCGUUAAGGGUUGUUGAUGGAUCAACUUUUCAUGAUUCGCCUGGAACUAACCCUCAGGCUACGGUGAUGAUGCUUGGCAGGUACGUGGGAGUAAGAAUAUUGAGGGAAAGGCUUAAAAUCAGACACCAAAAAUAAAAUGAGAGAGAAAAUAUUAUCUUUAUCAAUGCUUAUAUAUAUAUAUAUAUGAUAUUGUUCUUUUUGCAGUUAAUUUUAUGUAAUUUUGUUGCACAUUUCAAACAUCAUACAAGUUUAUGAAAUUAUUGAGAUAAAAUUCAGUAGAGGUCAA